AUGUUUCAGUUUGAGCAGUUGAGCGAAGAGGAGCAGUGGCGUGUGGAGCAUGAGAAGUUGCACGAGAAGCACCGUGGGCAUGAGCAGAUGCACAUGGAGAUGUUCCUCAUCCUCAUCGUCACACUGGUCGUAGCACAGAUCGCACUGGUGCAGUGGAAAAAGCGACAUUUCAAGUCCUAUCAGUAUUACACUGAAAGUGGACUACCAAAGAAGGUUUUGGAAGCGAAUGUUUGCGCGGUUUGUGGAAAUCGCUUGGAGACGGAUGACACGGAAGCGGAUUAUGAAGCAACAUAUCGCCUAUCCUGUGGACAUCUAUUCCAUGAAUUUUGUAUUCGCGGCUGGUGCGUCGUUGGCAAACAGCAAACAUGCCCGUAUUGUAAAGAAAAAGCUCCCAGAUACUUUAAAUACUGUUUUGCUGCGAUUGGUUUUGAUAUUUCAUUACUAAUUAAUUUGGAUUUCAGAUGGGAGAGGCCUCAUUUGUUCUACGGACAGCUGUUGGAUUGGAUACGGUAUUUGGUGGCCUGGCAGCCGUUAAUUGUCACUUUUGUACAAGGAGUUAACAGGUUCUUUGGCCUCGAAUAG